UCUACCCAAUCUGGUUAUUACAAAUUGGCUGUCAACACAAAAAUCUGUCAAGAACCACAUGCUAAUAAAAGUUGAAUACUAAUUCAUUGGAGCUUGCAAGGUGAACCAGAACUGCUUUCUCUACAGAUACCAAGCUCUUAAAUUUUUCUCUCAGUGAAGGACCUUGCGCUGACUUUGACUUCGGCCUCGGCCUGUCCAUAUCUGCAACGUCGAUCAAUGCAAAUUUCUGAGCUGAUCAAACUGGCCAAGAGCAGCAGCAGCAGCAGCGGCGGCAGCCUACGCAGCGGCAGCGGCUCAAGAAUUAUUAUUAAAUUCGAUAUAAAUAAUAUUCGCAACCGCUGCAGCGCGCUGUGCCCCCCGCGAUCCCCUCGGCUGGACAGUCUGCUGAUUAAUAAAAGACGGCUGCCGUGGCAGAAGUUCGGAGAUGGCCCGCGGUGCUUAAAAAUUCUGAGGCAUCUGUCAAGUCGAGCGAAGGUGAAGGUUUCGCGCAGGCGCAGCAGGACCUGGCCUGCAGAUCUCGAGAUCUGGGGAUCUACGUAUAUGCAUACGUAUAUAACAUACAAUGGUACGAGUAUACGGGUGUACAAAGGCGAUGUGGGGAUCGCGAACCUGGCAAACGCUUUGGAGGGGAACGCUUUGCAUACGUGCGUGUAUGUGACAGUCGCAUAA